ACUUCUUUGAGAGCACCAGCAUUUGUGGCUCUUGGUCAUCUGGCAGGAACGGUGCCUCAGCCUUGAGGCAAUGCCCGUCUCCUCUGCAUUCUGAUUCCUCUCCUUCGGCCUCUGCAACUCGUGGAAGAGGAACGAAACAGGAUUAGAAUCCACUGGUGGGUCAGGGACUGGUGAUGCUGUUCCCCAGCCUCCCAGAGGACGCCUGAGCAUGGCGUUGCCAUAGCGACGGCUCCUACUUCUCCCUAGAUAAGACAGGUAAGAGCGUCAGCUGCAGCCCCAGCCCCUCCAGCGAGCCUCGACACCAAACUGCACCUUCCUCACCACCUCGCACCGCUUUCAAGGGUGCAUCUCAGCAUGGGUGAUUGAAAUCAGGCCAGCAGACUGCAUGACAGAGGGCAGCUGGAAGACAAGAGCUCAUCAUGAUCUGGCUGGCAAGUGGAUACAUAACACCAAUAUGGUUGUGCUUUUUUUGUUGUUUUGUUUUGGUUUUUUUUGUUUUGUUUUGUUUUGGUUUGCGGUUUUGUUCAUUUGUUUGUUUUGGGUUUUUUUUGUGUGUGUCUGUGUGUGUGUAGUAUCUUCAAAGGAGGAGAAAAGCCUAUUUCAAUGAUGUCAACAGAAUGUGUUCAGCCACUUGAUAUGCCAGAUGACAGACUGGAUAAGCGAGAUUCACAGUGUAACCAUUUAGAAGAUCUUUCAGAGCAGCUGAUUAAGAGCUGUGACCUCAAAAAAACCCCAAGAAAAGGUAAAACCAUCCUAGCUUCCCAAAAUGCUGAACAGGAGCAAAAAAAGCCAAGGAGAAAAGAUACACCAGCUUUGCACACUCCACCACCUCUAACAGGUACUAAGCUGUUUACAGAAGAAGAACGAACAGUGAUUAUGGAAGAUGAAGAAAAGGAUGGAGACACAAUCCACAGUAGACAGCUGAGGACCACAGUAGUUUGGACUUCAUUUGCCACAGUGACUGACCCAGCAUCUUUCAUGAGAAUGCAGUCUAUUCGCAAAUAUCGAGCUUCAAGAUGUAAUCAACAAGCUUAUAAUAAAUAAUUGCAUAUUAAAGUGUA